UCCCAAUUCAUCAUUGUAGCUCGGUCUGAGCCUCUUCUGCUGUCUAUCUUCAUGCGCGAUCGCCUCUAUCUAGACCAGAUCAUGUCGCAGGGAAACCGUCAGCAGCCCUGAACUGGAAUCGCAGUCGGGGCCAAGAACGACAGCCAGCCUGAUAGCGGCCGUUCACCGACGGCGCGAUCGCCAGCGGGGGGAGGGGCAGCCAACGACGCAUCAUCCCACCAUCCUUGUGUUGGCCUUAGCUUCCCCUCAGUCUCGUGCUUGUUGUAUUUUAUUUACUUUUUAACCUUCCUCCUCGCCCUCUCCUUCUUGCUCAAUCCUCUUCUCUGUAUGUAGGUCGCUGUUCUCACGGGCUUUUCGCCAUGCGCCAUCACAUGUGCCAUUUGCCCAACGGGCAGACCUUCACCGUGUCACCCGUCUUUGGCGGGGUCAGCUUCAAGUCCAACGACAAAAACCAGGGUUACCAUGUGGUACUCCCCGGCUGGAGCAUUGUGCUGAACACCAGCAAGCCCGUGGAACAGGCAGAUACGACAAUGGCCGAUGGAUCGGAGGAAGAUCGCGGACGGGACCGUCGAUCGACUGAGGCAGAGCGUGGGGCACAGGUAGUGAACACCCGCUUUACGACGCCCACUCUGCGCGACGACUCGCUCUACAUCUCCUACAUCGUCGACCCGCCCAGCAGCGAGUACAAGCCGGUCAGCUCCCCGACGCGCCAGAUCGCCAUGAUGCUCUGGGUGACGCUCUGGUGGUACUUCCACGAAUCCGAGCCCGAUCGUUACUUGACGACCGAUGCCUCCGCCAAAACUCCUGUCACGGGUCGGCCCCAAGGCGACUGGCGAAUCUCCAUCCGGCGCGAAGGCUUUUUCAAGGGUCGCACAUUGCUGCAGAAGCUGGAGCGCAUGGGUCUGAUCGCCUCGGAGGACUCGUCGGUCGGAACUGAGCCCUACGAUCCGGAGGCGUGGGCGCGCAUGUUCGUGAGCCGUCGGAGCUUCUGGCAGAUCGAUCCCAGACUGUUUGUCUUCACUCUGACUCCCCAGAUGAAUAUCCCGCCUGCGAUAUCGGGUUCGCCCUUCAUCCAGCGCGUUGCAUCGCCGUCGCGCGCGAGUAUGUACCUCAGUAACCCGGCCGGGCAGGAGACUGCCCACUAUACUCCGAACGAGGGCCCCUUCGCAUCAACCAGCCACCUCCCUACAUAUUUCCCUCCACCACCGACACAGUACACCUUCACAAAUGGCAUUCGUCAUCCGAUCCGUCCGAAACCUCCGCACCAGGGCGAUGUUUUCUACAUUCGCUACAUUCCCAGCGUACAGCAGUACCUGUCGUUCCGCGUCCCCUAUCUAGGGCGCUCUGCUGCCGAUCAUAUCGGCGCGAAGCACGCUCACAGUUCAUCGAACAGCAGUCUCGAUCAACAGUUGACACCGGUCUCCGGGCCGUCUGAUGUCGAUCUGCUGCACAAAUGGAUGAACGAGCCGCGAGUCAACGUUGCUUGGGGCGAGGCAGGCCCGGCCAGUCACCAAGAGGAGUUUCUCCGCAAUAAUCUGCGGAGUCGGCACAGCUUCCCCGUCAUCGGCUGCUGGGACGGUAAACCGUUCGGCUACUUCGAGAUCUACUGGGUUAAGGAGGAUCGGCUGGGUCCCUUGAUCCCGGGGGGCGCAGAUAACUACGAUCGGGGACUGCAUGUGUUGGUGGGCGAACAAGAGUUCCGCGGGCCACAUCGCGUGGCUAUUUGGUUGAGUGCCUUGGUGCAUUACUGCUGGUUGGCAGACCCACGGACGCAGACGGUGAUGCUGGAGCCAAGAGUAGACAAUGAGAAGUUAAUUGGAUACCUGCACCGCGCGGGCUUCUACAAGGAAGGCGAGGUGACGUUCCCACACAAGCAGUCAGCUUUGAUGAAGAUCAAGCGGGAUUCAUGGGAGAGUCCUGCUACUUGAAGAUCUUCUUGAUGAUUGAUGGAUGCGGACUGGAAAAGUAAUGAUACAUGAGGAAAGCUAUUACGAUAUUUUAUCUACCGACCGAUUCACGACUCCCCUAGCUACUAGUGAUUUAAGGAAUGUGAGGUACCGAGUACUCUCAAGCUAGAGGUACUUCCAGCCCACCAUUCAUGCAAAAAGUAG